UGAGUGCGCACAGUCACUAACUAUCAGUAUUGCCAUUGACUUCAUGCAGCUAACAUUAUUUAAAAAAUAAUUUCAAUACGUUUUUUUUAAAUUUAUAUAUACACGAGUGAUUCAUUCGUUAUAAAAAUAUUAAAUUAAUAAGAGAAAGUGAAUAUUUAUUCAGUGGGAGUUUAAAAAUACAUAGUAAUAAUUUUUUUGUUAAAAGAAAAAUCAGUUUAUUGUGAUACUUCAGAGGAGAAGCACGAGAUUAUCUUGCCGGUAAUUUUUUUUGUGUCAAAAAAAGAGAUAUAAAUAAAAAACAAAUUCAUUAAUUAGUGUGUGUUUUAAUAACAACAUUUUAGUUAACAAUUUAAAAAACAUUUAGCUCAUUUUUUAAAUCGAUCAUAAAUUAUUUAGAGCGGGAAAUUUUUGAAUUUUAAAAAACAUUCUCACACGUGUGUGUGGGAAAAUUUUAAUACAAAUUUCUUUUAAAUAAUUAAAAAAUAAAAUUAGAUUUUUUUAAAAACAAGUGUCGGAUAAUACAAAAUUAUGGAUUCACCUGUCAUUGUGGACACUGCAUCUAAAUUUGGCAGAAAUCUGGACCUUGGUUUUCCAUUUGAUGACGAAGGUUUUGGACGACGAAGUGAUAUAAGAAGCCACUUGGACGAUUUAGCAGCAAGACAUCCAGAAUUUGCUGAUCAUUUAUUGGGUCCAGCUUGGGGUGAUGCACCAUUUACUGGUAGUCUAAGAAAUCGUCGUCGUGGUUCAUCAAACAAUACUAAUAACAAUAAUCAUCAACAUCAUCAUCAAUCAAAUAAUCAAGACGAGGAUACACGUAGUCAAGCAAGUGGUAGCAGUGCAACAAGUGCAGCAAGUGGUGCCAGUGGUGUAUCAUCACACGGUGAACCAGAACAAUUAUAUCAACAACAACAAGAACAACAAGAACCAACAACAUCAUCAACAACAACAACAAAUAAUAAUAAUAAAAUUCCACAAUACGGUUUACGUAAUACAGUUGAUAUUGGACAACAUCGUCAUAAUAUUAUGAAUCAAGAUAAAGAUAAUCGUGGUCAACGUUCAAUGUCAGCACCACCAGAAAAUCGUCAAGGUACUGAUGAACAACAAAUACCAAAUCAAAAUAUACAAAAUAAUCCACGUUUUGUAUCACGUGUUGAUAUAACACCACAAAUUAAUCCAUUAACUGGUGAAAAAAUUAAUCAAUCACCACCACAACAACAACAACAACAACAGCAACAACCAUCUUCACAACAACAACCAUCAUCAUCAUCAUCACAACAACAACCAUCAAAUGUAAGACAUAUACCAAUAUUUGUUGAAGGACGUGAUACACCAGUUGUACCAAAAAAUAUUGAUGAACCAAUUUAUCAUCGUCCACAUCAGCCAUCACCACCACCAAGAUUUCAUCGUGAUACUACACAAUAUGAUAUACCACCAGAAUUUCAUUCACCGCCACAUUUUCAAAGACCAUCACAUUUUAAUCAACAUUAUGUGAAUAAACAUAAUCCAUGGUCUGGUUUUCAAGAUCAAUUUUCAAGAGAUACAUUUGAUCAUCCUGGUUUACGUAAAACAACACAACAAACAAAUUCUUCAGCAGCACCAACAACAACAACACCAUCAUCAGCUGCUUAUCGACAAAAUAAAUUUAAUAAUAAUAACAAUAAUAAUAUUAAUGAUAAUUUUAAUAAAACAAAAAAACAAUCACAUCAUGAUGAUGUUGAUAAUGCAACUGUAACAGAGCCACCAGUGCGUAAACAAACAGUACCAAUUGAUGCACUUGAAAAAGUAUCAUUGGUACAAAAUGAAGUUGAUUCAUUGACUGAGCAAGUUAAAUUAUGGAAUGGUAAUACAAGAAAAGAUAAACAGUAUAUUUAUCUUGAUGAAAUGUUAACACGUGAAUUAAUAAAGUUAGAUGAUAUUGAUACUGAAGGAAAAGAAAAUGUUAGACAAGCUAGAAAAAAUGCAAUUAAAAGUAUACAAGAUUCAAUUAGUUUACUUGAAUCAAAAGCACCAAUUGGUGAUCAAAUAAAUAAUAAUAAAAUUAUUGAACAACAACAGCCAAUGGAUAUUCAAGCUCCUGAAGUUGAAAAAGUACAAGUUGAUAAUAAUGUAGAAAAAAUGGAAAUUGAAAAAAAGUCUGAAAAUGAAGAUAUUGCUAAUAAGGCAAUUCCAUUACCACCAGGACCUGCAAGUUUAUCACCAGUACAAUCAACAUCUGAUAAUCAAAUUAAUUUACAAAAUAAAAAUGAUGAUAAAAUUAUUGUUGAUCCAAAUGUUGCUAUUCCAUUGGAAGCUGCUCCAGUUGCACCAGAAAUCAAAAUGGAUGUACAAUCAAACGAAGUAACACAAAAUAAUGAUAAUAAAGUUAAUGAAAAAAAUAAAAAUAAUGAUGAUGAUAAAAAAACAUUAAAAAAAAUGAAAAAAAUUAAAAAACAAACUCCAAUUUCAAGUGAACCAAUUCCAUUGCCAGCACCGGAAAUACAUCAGACAUUAAAAUAAUAAUAUUAAUUUAAUUUAAUAAUAAUUUUUUUUGUGAAAAAUAUGUACUUGAUGAACUGAUUUUUUUUUUUUUUUUUUCUUUUUUUUUCUUUUUCAUAAUUGCUAUUCGUAAUAUAUUUAAAAUUUUUUUGAUAGGCUAAAUUAGGAGACUGAUUACUUGUUUCAGUUUCAGCUUGUUAAUUUUUUUUUUAAUAUUAUCAAGCUGGUAUAGCCCUUAAUAAUUAUUUUAAUAAUAAAAAAAAUUUGUUUUUAUUAUUAUCAGUGUUGUAAAAAAAAAACACAUCGUGUUUGUUAUAAAGUGAUUUUUUUUUUUUCUAAUUUUAUUUUUUACGCAAAAAGGCAGUUUAAUAUUAAAAAAAAAAAAUUUUCUAUUGUCUUUAUAUUGUUUCAUUCAAGCCUUUUGUGAUUAUUCAAAAAAAAACAUUUUUUGUUUAUCUAUAAAGAUUAUUUUUGCUUCUCUAGUCUUUUGGCAUUCUUUCAAAUUAAUUAAAUCAUUCGAAUAAAUUGAAUACAUGUGUAUUGUAGUUGAAAAAUGAAUAAAUAAAUAAAUAAAAAAAUA